AUGCGGAAACAGUUGGAUCCACGGAUCCCGACGCUGAUCCGUAACAAUGUGGCGAGUGGCCACCGGUCAUUUUUCGUCGUGGUCGGUGAUCAUGGACGUGACCAAGUGGUCAACUUGCACUUCUUGCUAUCCCAAUCCCGAGUUGAGGCACGACCGAAUGUCUUGUGGUGCUACAAGAAGGACUUGGGCUUUACGACACACCGAAAGAAACGCGAAGCCAAAAUCAAGCGCGAUAUCAAGCGUGGCGUGCGUGAUCAGGAUGCGCAAGAUCCGUUCGAGCUAUUCGUGGGCGUCACAGAUAUCCGGUACUGCUACUACAAAGACACGCCCAAGAUUCUUGGUCGAACGUUUGGUAUGUUGGUGCUGCAGGACUUUGAGGCCCUGACCCCCAAUUUGCUGGCCCGCACGAUUGAGACGGUGGAAGGCGGUGGUGUGAUUGUCCUUCUUCUGCAGAGCAUGUCUAGUCUCAAGCAGCUGCAUUCGCUGUCGAUGGACGUCCACAAGCGGUACAGGACGGCUUCGUCGGACGAGGAGCCUGUCGCGCGCUUUAACGAGCGCUUUCUUCUCUCGCUGAGCUCCUGUCAGGACUGCUUGUUGCUGGACGAUGAGCUGAAUGUGCUGCCCGUGAGCCGCGGCCGUGACAUUCGCCCGCUGCCGGAAACGCAAUCGUCGCAGAGCACGGGUGGCGUUGGCGCUGCGGUGCGCCGUGAUGAAGCAUCGAGGCAGCGAGCUGAGCAGCUGGCUUCGUUACGUGCGGAUGUGUCAGAGACGCGCGUCGUGGGCGACGUCAUUCGGCAUGCUCGGACGAUGGACCAGGCGACGGCUGUUCUGACGAUCCUGGACGUAUUGGCGAGCUCGUCGCUUUCGACGACUGUCACUCUGACGGCCGGCCGUGGACGUGGCAAGUCGGCUGCGCUCGGUCUGUGUCUUGCCGCGGCCAUCGCGCACGGCUACAGCAACAUGUUUGUGACGUCGCCGAGCCCGGACAAUGUCCGUACGCUCUUUGAGUUUGUGCUCAAGGGUCUGGAUGCGCUCGGGUACGAGGAGGUGGCCGACUGGGACUUGCAGCGUGGCACGGGCGAGUGGAAAGACACGGUCGUGCGCAUCAAUGUGUUCCGUGGACACCGGCAAACGAUCCAGUAUAUCCAGCCGCAGGAUCAUGCCGUACUGAGUCAGGCGGAGCUCGUGGUCAUCGACGAGGCAGCGGCGAUUCCCCUUCCGAUGGUGCGGGCGCUUCUGGGUCCCUACCUCGUGUUUCUCUCCUCGACGAUCCACGGCUACGAAGGCACGGGACGCAGCCUUUCCCUCAAGCUGUUUCAGCAGCUCCGGUCGUCGGGGGCCGGGGGUCGAUCGCUGAAAGAGGUCGAGCUUCGUGAGCCGAUCCGAUACGCACCGGGCGACCGCGUCGAAGCAUGGCUGAAUGAGCUCUUGUGCCUCGAUGCUUCGCUGGCCAAGCUGCCUGCGCACGCUCGCGACGGAUGCCCUCAUCCCAGCACCUGUGAACUGUAUAUGGUCAAUCGCGAUACACUCUUUAGCUACCAUCCGGCGAGUGAGCUGUUCCUGCAGCGCAUCAUGGCACUCUACGUCGCGAGUCACUACAAGAACUCGCCCAACGAUAUGCAGCUAUUGAGUGAUGCUCCCGCUCAUGCUGUCUUUGUGCUGCUGCCGCCCCUCGAGAAGCGCACGAGUCUGCCUGAGCCGCUCUGUGUGCUGCAGGUGGCGUUGGAAGGUAAUAUCAGCCGUCAAGUCAUCCUCCAGAGCUUGGCGCGCGGAACGCGCGACGCCGGUGAUCUUGUCCCGUGGAUCAUGACGCAGCAGUUCCAGGACGCCGACUUUGCGAGCCUGUCUGGUGCGCGUAUCGUGCGUAUCGCCGUGCACCCCGACUAUGCUCGCAUGGGAUACGGCGCUCGAGCGCUCGAGCAGCUCCAGUCGUUCUACGAGGGAUCGCUGCUCGACGUCGAUGCGCAUGCUCACAAACUCGCCCGGGAUGCAGCUCGGCCGGCCGUGUCGCGGAGCGAGUGGGGCGGCCGCGAUGCCAAGUCCCUGCCGCCCCUGCUUGAGCGCCUGUCGGAGCGCCAGCCCGAGUCGCUCGACUGGCUGGGCGUGUCGUAUGGCCUGACGCCGGAGCUCUUUCGCUUCUGGAGCAAGGUCGGCUACACCCCCCUCUACAUGCGCCAAGUCCCGAACGAGCUGACGGGCGAGUACUCGACCGUCCAGCUCAAGACGCUGCAUGGCGAGCAGGCGUGGCUCGGUGCGUUUGCCGCCGAUUUCGGCAGGCGGUUCUGCUCGCUGCUGUCGUUCCGCUUCCGCGAGCUCAAGACGACCACGGCCCUGGGCGUGCUCGAAGCCGCGUCAGGCGCAUCCACACCGCAGCCGCCGCUGUCGCAUGCGGAGCUGCGCUUCUUGCUCACGCCCUUUGAUAUGAAGCGCCUCGAGUCAUACGGCAACAAUGUGCUGGAGCUGCCGAUCGUGCUGGAUUUGCUGCCGAUCCUCGCUCAGCUCUACUUUGCGCGUCGCCUGCGGUCGGCUGACGAGGCCGAUGUCGAGCGUAUACUGCAUGUGAGUGGCCUCUCGAGUGCGCUGCUUCUCGCUGUGGGUCUUCAGCGACGCAACAUCGAGGACCUGGCCCACGAGCUGAACAUGCCCUUGCACCAGGCACACACGCUGCUUUGCAAGGCUGUGCGUGCCAUGGUCCAGAGUCUUCGCGCCGUGGAACGACGCGCGGCGGAGGCAGACGUGGAUGCGACGCGCGCCGAACCUGCGCUGCUCGCGCCCGUCGCAGAGAAUCUCGAGGCGGAACUGGCGGAAGCGGGCCGACAGGCCGUGCCUGUCGACGCCAGCCGCGCGGCUUUGUCGCAGGAGCUCAUGAACGAUGCGGAAAUGUCCCAAUACGCCAUGUCGCAAGAUCAGGAAGUGUGGGAAGAAGCCGAGGCGCGCGUGCGAAAGAUGAAAAGCGAUACGAGUGGGCGCCCGUACUCGUCGACCUUCAGCGUCAAGACCUCCCACCCGGCGCCAGCGCCGCCAUCCCACCCACGCGCGUCGCGCGCCUCCACGAAGCGGCGCCGUACCUAG